AUGGCUGUCACACGCUCGUACAGAUCUCUGGUGGAGGCUUUGCAGAACAAGGAGGCACUUGUGGCCCAGCUGGAGUCUGAAGCCCAAGAAGCGCGUCAGCAGUCCAAGAGCCUCCGAGAGGAGGUCUUGUCCGAGGCUCUCCUGUAUGGAGCUACGGAGGAGAAUGCCUGCUUCUCAGUCGGUGCAGUGUAUGAGUAUAGUUGCUGGUUGUACAGAGGUAUUUCAAGUGACUCCAAACGUGGCGUGCUCGCAGGGAUGCCUUGGACCAGCUUUCGAACCCAGUUUCGGUCGUUUUCAUGA